GGUGCAAAAUAUUUCAAUUAUUUCUAAAACAAUAGUGGUAAUUUGUCGUUGAAAUUUUGUUUCCGUACGUUAACAUAGUAGUCUAAAUAUCAUACAAAUAAUUUGUAUUAAUAUUAAGAAGGGGGCGACAAGAGCCUCGAAGACAAAAUGACUUCGAUAAUUGAUCAAAUGGAGCAGCACUCCCAGGUUUCGACGAGGUUCCCUGGGCCGGAGCCCAUGACGUCCUCGGGCUUCAUCAACAUGCAGCUAGAGGACAACACGCCCAUGUUCUCGAAGCAGAAGAUGAAGUUCAACCCCACUGACUCCAUCACCCACGUAGCGGUGGCGAGCGACUAUUUGGUGCUGGCCAUGGCCAACGGGAAACUGUUUCGUAUGGAUUUGAAAAGGCCUGAUCAAAAUGAGGAACUCCAAUAUUCAAAGUUUGUCCAGCCUAACACACGGCUGACAGGAAUAUUCCUCGACCCCCUAGGCUACCACCUGCUCCUAGCCUUCGCCGCCAGAAACAAAGAUGGUAACCCCGAACUUGUCUACUUACACCGAAGGAGCUCCAAACUCAAAUCUGUCACCAAAUCUAGAAACUAUGAAGUGACGGAAGUUUGCUGGAAUAAUGAGAAUACUUCAGAGGUUACGACGGGUCCUAUCUUGCUUGGGACAUCACAGGGACACAUUUUGGAGACUGAGUUAGAAGCCGAUAGUGAUAAAAUGUUUACGGCUAACCAACAAUAUUGGCGACAGAUAUUCGACAUAGUGGACAAGGACUCCAACCCCCCCAUCACCGGCAUUCAGUUCCACCGCGUGAACAACACGAGCAAGUUCUUCGUGUUUGUCACGACCCCGACCAAGCUGUACCAGUUCAUAGGAUACGCUGUCACUACGGACGGGAAGCUGUCGCUACAGUCCAUAUUCCACAAGUACUUGACGAUCCCUGAAACCGGUAUCCAGGAAAUCCCGUCAAGUCUUAAAUACUCCAAGCUGCAGUUCUACUUCGACCACAACAACGUGCCAAAGACCUUCGCCUGGCUCACGGGCCCUGGGAUAUUCUACGGACAGUUGGACCCGUCAUCGCAACAGAACUCCAACUCCCUGUUCACCCAGGCAGGCCUCAUCAACUACCCCGACGACAAAGACAAGGACGACAAAGACAGAGCACCCCUCUCUUUCGUACUAACCGAGUUCCACGCCCUCCUCAUGUACCCCGACCGCGUCAAGGCAGUGUCGCUUCUCAACCACGAACUCGUCUACGAAGACAUUUAUUCCGAGGCCCAUGGGAAAUUAAAAAGUAUUGUCAAAGAUUUCAGAAAGAGAACCAUCUGGGCCGUCACAGAUAAAACUCUGUUUAGAUAUAAAAUUGUUAGAGAAGAACGAGAUGUAUGGAAAAUUUAUUCGGAUAAAGAACAGUUUGAUUUAGCUAAGGAAUACUGCUUUAAUAACCCAGCGUAUAUAGAUAUUAUUAAUGUCAAACAAGCGGAGCUAUUAUUCGCUAAAGGAGACUAUGAGAAAAGCGCGGAAAUAUUCGCAGACACUCAAAGCAGCUUCGAAACUGUAUGCCUUAAGUUUCUAGAAGCGGAUCAGACGAAUGCCUUAAAAAUAUACCUGAACAGGCGAUUAGAAUCUCUAAAUGAAGACGAUAAGACUCUAAUUUCAAUGAUCGUUAUCUGGAUUACAGAAUUAUAUCUAUCUCAGUUAGGUGUGCUAAGACGAACAGGGCAAGAAGAUACUCAAAAGUAUCAUCAACUGCAAAGCGAUUUUGAAGUAUUCCUAGUACAACCUAGAGUUGAAAAGUGUAUGCAGCAUGUCAAAAAGGUUAUAUACGAUCUUAUGUCUUCCCAUGGCGACAAGCAGAAUUUAAUCAAACUAACUAUUUUAAACGAAGACUAUGAAAACGUGAUAGCACAGAACAUUUACAAGAAAUCUUACGCAGAAGCAUUGAGCACUCUCUCAACCUUAAAAAAACCUGAUUUGUUUUACCAGUUCGCUCCCGUUUUGAUGGAAGAGGAGCCUAGACUGACAGUGGAUACUCUAAUCGCUCAAGGCACAAGACUGAACUACCUCAAACUACUCCCAGCUUUUCUGUCAUGCGAGAAUGAUGAAGCUCACGUGAGUGAAAUCAUGAGGUACUUGGAGUUCAUAAUGCAGAACUUCAACGUGAAAGAUACGGCGAUACAUAAUUAUCUGUUGACGUUGUACGCGGAACAUGACAAGGUCGCCCUCAUGAGGUAUUUGGAGAGGCAGGGGCAGGAUGCCGUGUUGGUGAACUAUGAUGUCCAUUAUGCUUUGAGAUUAUGCCGCGAGAGAGAACUCCCCGAAGCUUGCGUCAAGCUAUCCGCCUUGCUAGGACUCUGGGAGGCGGCCGUGGAGCUCGCGUUACAAGUGGACCUGGCGCUAGCUAAGUCCGUAGCCGCGCUGCCGCCGGAGCCGGCCACGCAGCGCGCCCUGUGGCUGACCAUCGCGGAGCACGUAAUCACCGAGAACCAAGACCUUCGGGAAGCCAUGAGCUUCCUCACCGAGUGUCCACUCUUGAAGAUAGAAGAUCUACUCCCGUUCUUCAGCGACGUGGUCACCAUCGACCACUUCCGCGACCCCAUCUGUCAGUCGCUCCAGGAAUAUAACUGUCAAAUAAAGGAAUUGAAAGCAGAAAUGGACGAAGCCACACAAGCCGCUGAAUCCGUCCGGGCGGACAUCAAGUCGUUCCGCAACCGUAGCGUGUACGUGUCGGUGACGGAGACCUGCUGCCUCUGCGAGAUCGCGCUGCUGCUGCGGCCCUUCUACCUGUUCCCGUGCGGGCACAAGUUCCACAGCGACUGCACCAGGGCCCAGGCCAUGGACAUACUGAGCCCAGCCCGCCGCAACAAGCUAGCCGACCUCCAGCGUCAACUAAACGUCCUCUCAAAAAUCGAACUGUCCACCAUAACCAGCAACGGGUUACCGCUGAGAGAGGUACUGAGGAACGAGAUCGAUGACAUAGUAGCCAAUGAGUGCAUCUUCUGCGGCGAGCACAUGAUCAACUGUAUAGACAAGCCGUUUAUUGCUGAGGAAGACUGGGACCGGGUUAUGAAGGAAUGGGAAUAGAUUUGGAGUCCUGUACGGAUAUGAUGGUCGUUCUUGUCUACGUGACAGCGUGAUAAAACGGUGUCAGUCACUUUCUAUCCCGCGGUGUUAAAAAGUGAGCUAUUUUAUCACGUGGAUAAAACCAUCCAUAAUAGGCUGCCUGGCCUUACUUGUAUCCGUUGUAAUAUAUCGCCAUAAGUUGAAGGACUGCGACCUACAAGAUAAGAUAAUAUCCAAAAAUUUAAACAAUCAUAAUACCUAUUCCUGAGCUGUUGCUCUUUGAAGAUAAAUAAAAAGAUACUAAGUGACCUAAUCUAGGUUUUUGACUUAGGUCGAGUUGAAAUGAAAGUGAGUAGAAUUUAGAUAAAUUAUUUGGGAGUAGAAGUAGAGCCGUAUCCUCGAGAUAUAUUCAUGCGCUGAUACUAUUUGUGUAAUUAAAUCUAGUAUUUUUAAUAAUAACGUUUUGUAAAGGACCAACAAAGGUUUGGCGGUAUAUUUUGCUUGAAGAUAUCGACUGAACUGAAAUAUGAGAGGCUAGUUGAUGUUUACCUACAUCUUGACUUAUAUUACACUGUAUCAAAGAGAAUUCUAAAUAGAGGAAUAUUGUCAAAGUAAAUUAUGUAGUCAGUACAUUAACUGCCAUCUUUUAAUAGCGAUGGCGCAAUACCAUUGGCCUACCCUCGAGUAGAUGGCUAUACUUUUUGACAUUUAACAAAUUUAACACAUAUCAGUGAAAAAAUAAGGAUCAAAGUCAAAUGGCGUUCUAAAAGUGUUAAUCCUUUGUGUCGAAAGAUGGC